CAAGUAUCGAUUACGCGCACUCGGACCCGAGUUCAUUAUUUUUAUCUAACUAUCCCGGCUUUUAUUGAAAAGCACGUAAUAGUUGCCAAGAGGUGCAGUCGCAAACCAGCUGAAGUUACUACUAGGUGACGCCGUUCACCGCCUAUCCUGUAGCCUUCGGGAUUCGGGAGAAGCGGUGGAGCGCGCCAUGUACCGAUCGGUGAGGAAAAGCGGACCCCCCGCCCGCAGCGCCCACGCUCCCAUUCAGGUCGAGCGAAGCCACCUGCGGGAACUGAGGACACCGCCUCCACCGGACCAUCACCCCCAGAGUGCGUCACAGCGCACAGCUCAGCCGCAGCCAAGCAGCAAGCUGCGCCAAGCUGUUACAGCUUUGCGGAGCCAGCUUCGCAGCAGCAGAGCCGCAGCCGCUCUAUGGAAGUCCCCAGGGACCGUCACCCGUCCCAUCAACGACGUGACCUUACACCAGCAGCUCGAAGCAAGAAAACGGUGCGCAUAGCAGUACCCCUCCCGCGCCACCCCGCUCAAGAAGCGUCUGUUACUAUGUCGGCCGCGACAUCGCGCCCCAUCUCCGGCAUUCACCUUGGCUUGCCCCCGCUACCCCCGCAACGUGCGUCGUCUAUCACUGCACCGGGCGCAACCGCAUUCCUGAGCGCCGAGAUAUCGCGCCGUGGCACCGGCGAUCACCCUGAGCCACGUGCCCCUCUCUCCCCCCUACCCCCGCAACGAGCGUCUACUACUACGCCGAUCGAGACCCCAUUCAUUAACGCUGAGUCAUCGCGUAGCCGUACUGGCGCCGUCAUUCAUCUAGAGGCGCCCCCCCCCGCUACCCCGCAAUACGCACCUGUCGUGACCUCAUUACUAAAUCCCGAGAUCCCCCUGCCCCCCCCCGCAACGCGCGUCUGAAACUGCACCACCCGCGACUACGCUUCUCAGGCCCGAGACAUCGCGACUUGGCACAGACGUGCGGGCCAUGUGCACAGGUACACACCUACACUCUACGCUGCCUCCACCCAGUGAGUGCUCCGGUAUCGACGACAUAUUGCGUAUGCUCGACCGCGAUCCGGGUUUCAGUGCCGCGUCCUCGCCGCGGACGGCAUUCGAGUCCGACCUGAUCUUUCUCGCUCAGUCGGCCGCAUGCUCGUUUGCGUCGCGCGGGAUGCUGCGCGCUAUGGCCCGGUACGCUAAAUCGCGGGAAGAGACACUGCGCAAUAGCGGCAUGCUGGAGUCGCCGCUCACCGAGGCUGAACAGCGGGAGUUGGCGCUGGUCCGCGACGAGUGUCGCUUCCCAGCGCGCACCCCGGCUACCCCUGUGCGCCGGCCGUUCUCAGCGGUGGACCCCGGCUCGGAGGGUGAGUCUGCAGCAAAGCGCCCAUGUGCACCGUCGUACGCACCGGGCUUACCUGGCGAACCCCGACUGGCGCCAGGUCGCCGCCUCGACAUGGGGCCCUCAGUCCUGCCGCCGUCGGAAACCGAUCCGCCGUCUGACACCUCUCCGCCGUCUGUAACCGCUCCGCCACCCGCCGCCCCCUUGGCUGGCAGGGCAGCGAGCGCCAUCGCACCCUCCGGUGCUACCGACGCCACAUCUUUUGGACCUGAUGACCCCGUUGCUCCGGUUGGUGACGGCGCCCCCCCUAGGAUGCCGGUGGCACCAUCAUACGCAGUGAUGGUGGCCGCUCCUACAGUUCACGCGCAGCCCCCCAGAGCCCCUGAGGCCCCGAAGAAACCUGCAUACCCACCCAUUGUCAUUGAAUGCCUCCCCAAUUAUGUGCAUCAUCUGGGGAGGAUUAGGCAAAUUUUGGGACGCCCCGCUAAUACCAGGGCAUACGGUAAGGGUUACCGUAUUUCUCCCGAGUCAGCUGACGAGUACCGGGUGAUCCAGCGUUACCUCUCGGACCUGGAGAAGGAGGACCGCCGGGUCUCCUGGUUUUCGUACUCCAUACCAGCAGAGAAAGACCUGAAGGUGGCGAUCCGGGGAAUCCCGGUCACCACUGACCCCGAAGAACUGGCCCAGGCACUACGAGCCCUCGGGUAUGAGCCCGACUACAUACGCCCCAUUCGUGCCAGGAAGGGCCGACCCGGGUGCAUCUUCCUCGCCGUACUGCGGCGCACACCAGACAUCACCCCUGCCAUCUACGGCAUAACCGAGCUGCUGUACAUGACGGGGGUUACGAUCGAAGCCUGGCGCGGGAAGCAGGGCCCCGCGCAGUGUCACCGCUGCCAGUCGUUCAGGCACUCGUCUGUUAACUGCCACCGUCGGAUGGCGUGCGUUCGCUGCGCGGGAGAGCAUCGCGCGGCAGACUGCACGCGGCCUAGGGACGUGCCGGCGACUUGCGCUAACACUCGUCUUGCCCGGUCCGUAGGGAGGAGGAACAAAACAGGCGUGCAGGCACAUUUGCCAGAACCGCGCCGUCUCGCCCUUUGCGCGGGCGCAUCAAGCAACAAGACUCUGUUCCGCAGGCGACUAUGGCCGCGACGCCUGCGGUCGCGCCCCCGACGUCCGGCGUCGCUCCUAAAGGCGACGAGGACGUUUUUACCACUGUGCGACGUCGCACGAGACGUGGUGGCCGUAAACGUCGCGCUCCACCCUCGCUGGCCGCUCAGGAAGCAAGCCGCGCUGCCGCAAUUCACGCUGUCACCACCGACGUCGCCACCCGCGCCGCCGGAGCCACUCAUCCCAGUCAAGCCGCUCAGGCCACUCAUGCUGCACAACCGACUGCACCAGCGCCUGAACGUGCCGCCACCGCACCACCACCACCCCGCACGGCACCGCCUCCGCGCUCACGCACCAGGUCCCGUGCGCGUUGGCCUCAAAUGGAGGAGGCGCUGUCUGCGGUCGCCAACAUUCUCCAGGCCAUGCAAGCCGGGGAAAAUCCAGCCCCGCUCUUCAGGAGAGCGGCAUCGGCCUUCAAAGGCCCAACCCGAGGUCGCAGUCGCAGAUAAUGGGGGGCCUACGGCUCCUACAUUGGAACGCGCGUGGCCUCGCUGGUAAGGCCAACUACCUAAAACACCUUCUCCACUCCCAGGAUAUCGACGUCGCCCUCGUGAGCGAGACGUUCCUCGCUGAAACAACAAGAUUGCGCCUCCCGGGAUACGAAGUAUAUCGCCAACAUCAUGUCGACUCCAGCGGCCGAGCCUACCGUGGCCUAGCAGUCAUGGUGAGGCGCCGCAUCCCGCAUCGGCUGUUACCUGAGGUGGCUGUCACCGAAUGUGCGGCCCUGGGUGUGGCCCACGGGCUUCUUCGCGGUCUACGCCCCGCCAAACAACCGAUACAAUUCCGCCGAUAUCCGCGCGCUCCUCACCGCCGCCCAUCCCUGCGUCAUGGCCGGUGACUGGAAUGCGAAGCACCCGGCAUGGAAUUCGCGCGUAGAAAACCCACGGGGUAGACGCCUGCUACACGAUGCCGAGACGCUGGAUUUUUCAGUGUCCGGCCCGGACAUGCCGACGCACUACCCUGACCAGGCCAACCACCGAGAGGACACCUUGGAUAUCGUGGUACACCAGGGACUGACGUGCCAGAUGACACAGGACGUGAUCGUUGACGAGUUCCUGUCCGAUCACCUCCCCGUGGUGGUCACCCUACUGGACGCCGCGCCAAAAAUGGCGCCACGAACGCCGCCUCGUCGGAGGUGCAUCGACUGGAGGGUCUUCGAGCGGGCCCUCGACGACGCACCACAGCCGCGCCCACCUGACACCCCAGCGUCCAUAAACGAAUCCGCUACCUCUUUCACUGUAUUGUUACAGAGCGCACUCGCAGCUGCUACCACCGAGCGCCCUCUACCGACGACGUACACACAGCUGCCGCCUCGUUUGCUGGCGCUCAUCCGCCGCAAACGCGCACUACGAAGACGCUGGCAACUGACCCGCUGUCCGCGCAUGCGCGCAGAAUUGCGCGCCGUAGCCGAACGGGUCAAAACCGCGCUCAACGAUCACGCCACCGAGUCAUGGGAGCGUGGCCUAGACGAGGCCUCCACAGAUUGGGUACGCCUGCACCGCCUUUGCAGGCGCCUCAAUGGUGCAGCCGACCCCAUUCGCCCGUUACGACACCCAGACGGCACACUGCGCUACGACGCCGAGGGCCGCGCCGAGCUGUUCGCGGACCACCUACAACGGCAGUUCUCCCCUAAUCCCGCGGAGGACUCAGCACGCGCAUUAGAGGUCGAGACUGCCGUCGCUGAGCAGCUUGGCGCCCCUCUUCCGGCAGACGAAGAGGUGCUAUUCUUCUCGCCGAGCGCCGUAAAGAAACACGCAGCGAGGCUCAAGCUCAGGAAGGCUCCCGGCCCGGACGGUAUCACCAACGCAGCUCUGCGUCACCUGCCCCAUCGUGCGGUGGUGACGCUUAUGCGUCUUUAUAAUGCGAUCCUCCGGACCGCACACUUUCCCGAUCCCUGGAAAGAGGCUCAAGUCAUCAUGUUGCCCAAGAAGGGCAAGAGCGUCUUCGACCCGGCUAGCUAUCGCCCAAUUUCGCUACUCGCCACGCAGUCCAAGCUGUUCGAGGCCAUGCUGCUGCCGACAAUCAGGCGGCACUUUACACCCCGGCCCGAACAGUUUGGAUUCCGUAGUGAACACUCCACCACCCUCCAGCUGUCGAGAGUACUACACGAUAUCACCGCCGCCCUUAACAAAAAAGAGGUGGCGGCUGCGGUAUUCCUCGACAUGGAGAAAGCCUUUGACCGGGUCUGGCACGCGGGACUAGUGUGCAGGCUCCUCGACUCUGACAUACCGCGGCGCGUGGUGGCAAUUAUUCGCUCCUUCCUCCUCAACCGGCGUUUCCACGUCUCAGUCGAGGGGGCGAAAUCGAGUUGUCGUCCGAUCGCCGCGGGUGUCCCCCAGGGCAGUUGCUUGUCGCCGAGCUUGUACUCAAUUUACACUAAUGAUGUUCCAGUAGCAGCGGGGUGUGCGGUGUCACUGUUUGCGGACGACACUGCCUACGUCGCAACGUCUCUCAACGCGCGCCACGCAGCCAUCAAACUGCAGAGGUCGCUGGACGCCCUUCCCGCGUGGCUGGCAGAGCGGCGCUUAACCGCCAAUGCCGCCAAGACACAGGCCAUAGUCUUCGGCUGGCGACAACUCCCGCCGCCACUCCAUCUACAAGGGGUCGAGGUCCAGUGGCGCCCCAAAGCGACCUACCUAGGCGUUACACUGGAUCGAGGCCUCACAAUGCGGCAUCAUAUCGCUGCAGCUACGGGCCGCGCAAAGGCGGCUGCCGCCAGAUUGCGCCCCGUACUUCAGUCAUCACUACCAAUAAAGCGGAAACUGGCGCUGUACAAACUCUAUGUUCGUCCUCACCUUACGUACGCGGCGCCCGCGUGGUAUGCGCUUGCGGCCGAGACGCAUCGACGUCGGUUGCGGGCCGUGCAGAGCACCACACUACGGCGUAUCGUCGACGCGCCGCGCUACGUAAGGAACUCCACAAUCCAUCGAGACCUAAAACAGGAGAGCCUGGACAGCUUCAUCAAAGCGCUGGCGAGGCGAGUGUUUGAGCGUGCGGACGCCUCCGGCUUCCAGCACCUCCAGCAUCUCGCCCCGCAUCACACCAGGCCACCCGACCACCGCCGAGCCUUCCCGCGCGAGUUAGUGCGCGCGGAGGAUAUUGAUACCGCUUGAAGGUCCAGUUUUCGACCCGAGUACAUCUAAAAACAAAUGGGCUGGGAACCUCCUGCCGGCAAAUCGGCGCGCUCAAUGGACUUCGUCCGCAGGUCCCUCGCUGGGCUUCCCUCGGGUUUACCGGGGGUCUCACCCGGUGUGGUCUGACCGCGAGUCCAGCGCGCGCCGCACCCCCCCCAUUACCACCGCCGCGGGGGCUUCCCAGCCCCACUGACAAACAUCUACACCAGCGAGUGCUGCGUGAGCGAGGACGCUCCGCAGCACCUACGAGACCUAGUGCCGCUCCAGGCCCAACACAAAGACCGCCCCGUCGUUGAGCGGGGCGCGAA